GGCAGUGUCAGUGUUGUGUUGACUGGCCGUCAGACCGGCUCUGACAAACUUUCACUACAGUUAUCACAUAACUUGUAGAAGACAGAUUCAAAGUCAGGUUGUAUUGUGGAUUACUUACACAUCAAUUCUUGAUCUAGACACUAUAUAUUUUUAAUACCGUUACCAUUUAAUACAAUGUGAAAAUCAGUGGUCACAAAAAGACAUAAUGUGGUAAUCAUUGUUUUAUUUAGGACUCAAAUGCGGGUUUUAAUACAAGUUUUGAGUAAAAAUAAUACUUCAAACAAGUAAGAAAUAUCUAGAGCAAUACUAAUGCCCUAAUACUAAAAUUCAUGUUUGAAAAAUUAAUUAAUGGAGCAAAUUUUAAAAUUAUGAUAAGUUCGUAAGCUGUUUUUACUUUGAAACCACCACAUUGGCUACUUUAAGUGCUAAUAGUAAACAGCAUUAGGCCUAUCUGUCAAGUGGACUAACAACUCUACAAAGCCCCAGUCUCAACUGAACUGUUACCAUGAAGAUCUCAUUGCCUGGACCUAAAGGGAACCUUUACUUCUCUGCAUUUGCAGCAAAUCUGGCAUCCACAUCGGUUGGCACACACUACAGUUGGUCUUCCCCUACUAUACCCAAGCUGCAGGCAUCGGACUCAUGGUUACUGCUGAAUGAUGAGGAAGCCUCGUGGGUCGGCUCUCUGACGGCCCUGGGCACGGUGGCAGGGCCCUUCCUGGGCGGCUGGCUCAUGGACCACGUGGGCCGCAGACGCAGCAUCAUACUAUCAGUUGUGAUCAGCUUGGUGGCAUGGCUGGUUCUACUGACAGCAGAAUCUCUAUGGCAGCUGUACGUAGGCAGGGUCAUUGGAGGGAUUGGCGGAGGAAUCGCUUUCCUGGUGUGUCCUGUGUAUGUUGCAGAAAUCGCUGAACCAGAUGUAAGAGGAGCUCUGGGAUCGAUGUUUGCCUUUUUCCUCGUCGGAGGAUAUCUCAUCGAGUACUCUUUUGGUCCUUACGUCACCUACUCAACCCUCAUCUGGUUGAACUGUAUUCCUGCGAUUCUCUUCUUCCUUCUGUUCAGCUUGACUCCUGAAUCUCCUUACUACUUUCUACGAAAAAAUGACUAUGCCAGUGCCUCGGACAGUCUAACUUGGCUGAGAUCUGGCAGAAAAGAAGAGGAAGUGCAGAAAGAAAUAAAUGAAAUCCAGACAGAGGUGCGCAGAUCUAUGGAAGAGAAGGCUCAUCUGUCAGACCUGGUGGCUACUAGAGGCAACCGCAUGGGUCUGUUGUUAGCUUGUGGCAUGGUUGCUGGACAACAGAUCUCUGGUGUCAACGCUGUGCUGUUCUAUGGUCAGAGUAUCUUCAUCAUGGCUGGCACCUCUUUCUCCUCUAGUGUCUCUACUCUUAUCCUUGGCAUCAUGCUGUUUGUUGCUGGAGGUUUUGCCAUACCAUUCUCUCGUUAUUUUGGAAUGAAAAAAAUGUUUAUCUUUUCUGCUGUUGGGAUGGCAAUUUUCCAGGCAAUACUGGGAGUAUACUUCUACUUGAUGAGUUCAGGCCACGAUAUGUCGGCUUACGGAUAUGUACCAGUUACCAGUUUGGUGCUUUUUAUUUUUUGCUACACAAUGGGGUUCGGCCCACUGCCCUGGGCGGUGAUGGCGGAAGUGUUUCCCUCCAAUGUGAAGGCUCUCGCGGCUGCGAUAACGGCCUCCUUCUGUUGGCUGCUUGGCUUUGUCAUCACCAAGUUCUUCAACAGUGUCUCUGACCAUCUGGGUGCACACUUCGCAUUCUUCAUCUUCUCAGCCUGCUGUGUGGCAGCACUGCUGUUCACAAUCUUCGUCCUACCAGACACUCGAGGUCUUACACUCCAGGAGAUCUUGGAUCUGCUCAACAAAACACCCUUGGUCAGCUCACAACAUAAACAUGCCGAGGACCAAGCAGAAACUGUCUCUUGAAUAAAUUAUAUACUAAUUAAAA